UGUAAGGGGAACAGAUUCACUCUGGUCAGGUAACCAAACAGACGUAUCUCUGAAUAUCAACUGCUUUAUCCUAUCAAGUAAAGAACAACUCGUGGCCACUGAACUGAUUUUCGUGAGUCAUCAUUUCUAUUGAAGCAAAAUUGAUCAAUCAUACCUUAUUUCAUCUCUUAUAGGUCGAAUUUACUACUGCAAUGAGGAUGUACUUAGCAGUUCUCUUAUUGUCUUCAACCUUCUGUUAUACACAAGCUUGGCCUACACAAGAAGGCAAGUACUUGAAUAUGUUAUAUCUUAGCUGCAUUCGAAGAGGAGGAUCUAAAUCAGUUAUAAUAUGCGAGGCUCCAAAAGAGACUUUGUCAAUUCCGUGUCGCGCCGCAAUUUUUCAUUCCAUUCCGCCAUCCCACCGCAAUGAACAUUUUCAUCCCGAUCCCGCCUUUUAUUCUAUGCCGCCGAUCCCUGCCCAUGUUGUUCAAGUUCACCGCCGUAUUUAAACUGGUGGACAAAUUAUAGUCAUCAUAAUAUUGAUAAUGUACUCUCAUUUCUCAUAACUCUCAUGAGGCAAAACCGAGCUUUAAAAUGCGUUAAAAUACGUGUUGAAGCCAAAGAAAAUCUCAGCGACACGUAGGCUGUGUCAUUUCAUACGCGGUUUAUUGGGAUUACUAAUUUAAGCCCGUUUAUAAAGCAAAUAAAUACUUUUUGAUGUAUCUUAGGUCGUGUAGCCAAUAACUUGAGCUGAAUUAUGAUCUCGGCUACGACCAUCCUAUCCCGCUUCGAAACAGAGCAUAUCCCGUUCGUACCUUCCUAUUUUCAUCCCGCAUCUCGCCUUUAAUAUUACUAACCCUCAUCGGGCACCUAUGAUUAUCGGGCCCUCAUAUGCCUGUGCAAAGUUAUGGAACAUUUUUCCUAUUGUACGUGUUAUAAAGUCAACCCAUAAAGUAUCUAAACUGAUUCCGUCAAAUAAUUUUUAUUAGAAAAUUAUGAGGACCUCUUCAAAUAUUGAGAUCACGGUUUGAUUACGUAAUUAUCCUUAAGGACUUGUGCGCAAGUUUCAAUCCAAGUAACGAAAAUAAGAAGUUUUUAUCAAAAAGACUUUCUAAGAUGAUCAACCAUGAGCGUGUCAAUCUUGAUGUAAGUCGCCAGAGAUAAUCAUAAUAUUCUUCCACCAUGGAGAGGAGAGUGAUGGCACCGGGAACAUGACAUCAAAAUUACUAACAGUAAACGUUGAAGACAAGGACAAGCAACACGCGUUAAGUUACGAAUGAAGCUGGUCAGUUUGAGAAACGCAGGUCAACCGAGCUAAAUUGCAUCAAAGCAGUGACUGCUUUGAUGCAAUUUAGCUUGGUUGACCUUUAGGGGCUUUUUUAUACAAUCUCAGUCUGUAGCUGGUAUAUGUAUUUCUCCUGUUUUUCACAGUAAGAAGCGCCCUUGUUUGUGAAGGAGGGAAGCAAAAAAUCAGGUGCACACAUCAAAAGAUUCAGAUCAUUUCUGCAGUCUAUGGAAGAACAGACCGCUCCGUGUGUCAGUGGGGAUUGGAUUGGACGGUUGCUUGGUUAUGGAAUGUCAACUGCCGCGCAGCUAAUACAUUGGCUAUUGUUAAAAAUGAAUGUGAAACCCUGUCCGAAUGCGAGUUGCAUGCCAACAACGCAGAAUACGGAGACCCGUGCUUCGGAACGAAGAAAUAUCUCACGGUAAAUAAUCGUUUAUUUUUACGUACGGUUUUCGAAAAAAUAAUUUUUUGCUCUUAAACCCAAAUGUCUGUGAUUUAUCUCUUUAAAUAGGACUAAGAAGUGUUUUUCUGUUCUGCACUCGUAACAAACUUUCAACACAUUUGUUCUCGUGUGUAUAUAUAUAUAUAUAUAUAUUGUAUAUGCAUUUAUGUUUUUAUCUAUGUUUAUGACUCAGCAUUAAUGUUAUUACGACUCUAUUGGCUACUUUACGUCACGUGGAACAAAAUCACUAGAUAUUUAUGACGUAAGAGCCCUCAUUUACGUUACUCUUCUUCGAAUAGAAACAAACCUAGUUGAAAAAGCCAGCUUGAGUGUCACUCUUUCAUCUUUGUUACUUUACAGGGAAGAAAAACCAACUCGUUUUGUAGAGUCCAGUUAACCCUUUGUAUACCAAGGGGGGUGGUAUUUAUUUGUCACAAAAAUGAGUACAUUAUACAAGAAUGCUUGUCAAGCCUGCUCUUUACAACAAAACCCUAUAAAACUAUAUAUAUUUGGGAAGUGCAUUAAAAAUAUACUUUCACAACAAUUAUAGAAAUUGACACAUGUCAAAAUUGUGACGUCACAAUAAGCAUAAUUUGCAUAAUUAUGCAAAUUUCUAAAGGAACUUUGAAAUCACCAGCUCUAAACAAACAAUUCCAACUUUUGGUUUCUUACUGGAAAUUCUAAUCACCUUUUAACACAAUUUCAAAAGGUAAGAAAUAUUAAUUAGGGCAAUAACCCUCCUUUUAGAGAAUUUAAGACAGAUUAAUAAUUGCCUUUCAUAAAGUAAAAAUUGAGUAAAAUAUAAAUGAAAUAAGAAAUAUUCAAAAGAUGCAAACAGUUUCUUUAUCGGUUAUAUAGCCAAUAGUUAUGUACCACACUUGCACAAAACUAUGCUCUCACAUUAACCAAGAGUUAAUUUCUUAAUGAUCUUCUUCUUCCUCUUUGAUAUGGCCUCCCUCUUCCUUCUUUUUUAGCCGACGGGGACCAUUUCGACUUUCAUCAUCAUAGUAAAAGUCUCGAACGUGUGGUACCUUUGAAAACAAGGCUCAGGGCACAUUCUAACACCACAAAUUGCACAGCUGUAUAUUGUUUUCACUUUCUGGAUAUGGACCUUGCAAGUUAAUCUUGUUUCAUUGCUCACAGGGUAAUGGAAAUGAUCCGGUUGAAUCUUAUGUCAGGGAUAGCAACAGGAGUUUCCACAAAUCCCGUGUCUCUCUUGAAAGCACUUGCCUUGAACUAAUGUGCUGACCAGCUCCUUUCUGAACUGCAGUGCUCUUAGACUGGCAUGAUUCUGGGAUUUGGUGUGGAGAAUGUGUGCAUUUGAUACACACACCUCUAUCAAAUAAAAAAACACUUUGUAAUACCAGACUGACCCCUUCAUAAGUCUGGCAUAUGCGACAGUUAAGCUGGUCAGACACAUCUACACCACCCAUAUAGGUGUUGUAGAGGUCAAUAACACCUGGUCUAGAAAAUUGCUUCUUCUCCCACUUCCCAUUUACUUUUACUGACCGCUGAACUGGGCUCGAGUCCAUUGUACUGGUGGGAAGGGUAGCUAACACACUAACUGGCUUCCUGUCACGCCAUGUCACGCAAGUCAAAUUUCCCUUUUGCCUGUACCUCUCCUCUUUUAAGAUCUUUCACUGCUUUUUCCUUCACACCACAAAUCUCUCUUGGUAAGGCUACCCUGUUGGCCCGAACUGUGCCACAUGCAAGGGUUUUUCUUUCUUCUAACUCUUCAAACAAAGCAACAGAAGUAUAAUAAUUGUCCAUGAAGGCAUAAAAUCCCUUAUCUAGAUAAGGUUGCAACACAGACAUAACUGCCUUCCUUCCUAAGUCUUUCUGAACUUCAUUAUUCUCCUUGCCAGUAUAAAUCUUGCUGUUCAACACAUAGCCACUGGUGGAUUCUGCAAGUGUGAAAGCCUUUAUUCCAAAUCUUCCUGGCUUUAUAGGGAUAAACUGUCUGAAAUGCACUUUGCCUUUGAACUUAAUUAAAGUCUCAUCUAUGGCAAGUUGCCGCUCAGGGGUGUACACUUCCUGAAACCUUGCUAUGACCAAAUCUAGGAAAGGCUGGAUUUUGUACAGCUUAUUGUAGUCUGCGGAGUCGCGUGGGGGAGCAAGGGUGUUGUCAGCAAAGUGCAGAUACCGCAAAAUUUGUAGGAAUCGAGUUCGGGACAUCACGGAUGGGAAGAAAGGAGAACUUAGGACAGGAUCAGUACUCCAGUAAGAACUAAGGUUCGGUUUAGUAACCAGCCCCAUAUUUAGGUACAGACUAAUCCAGGCCUUCAUUUCACUUUCUGUGACUGGAUACCAAACAGAGCUUUCUGUUGGCCCUCUCUUCUGUUCUGCAUAUAAAUUAGUCUGACUAACUAACAACUGCCAUACCUCUUGUGUGAAAAACAGCUCCAAAAAAUCCAAACACGAUUUCAGGUUUCUUGUAGUGACAUUUAUUUCAGGUUCUUCACUAAACUCAAUAUCUACUCUGCGUCCAAUUUCUCUAGACCAAUCUUCUUCAUCCAAUUCCACUUCGUUGUCAGUGUGAUCUUCCUCUUCCAACUCUUCGCUAGAAUCGUCAGAGCUUGAUUCCGAUGCACUAGAGUAAAAUUCCUCAUCAGAGGCUCGAUGCUCGAUGAAAUUCGCUAAAGGCAAGUCUUCUUCGUCGAUAAAUUGAAUUUCAACAUUGUUUUGAUCGUCGAAAUGUAGUUCAGCAUCACCUUCAAGAGCCGCCAUUUUUAAAUCUCCCCGUUCAAAACGUCUAAAUCACAAAAAGCCUCAAAAUUCGCCCAAAAACAAGCUCGAUGGAAGAAAUCCUCGAAAAAACUAAUUAACGACUAUAUGUAAUAUACAUUGAAAUGUAGUAUUAGUUUCCAGCCCCUCAAAGUGCUCUUUUCAGGCCGCCCGAAUGGGGUCUGUAUUUAAGUGGCCAUAUAUGGCCACUUGGUACGCAAAGGGUUAAAGAGCCAUUUCAAAUAAAGCUAAUCUCAAAUACUACUCUGGAAAAAACAAAAAAAACAUUUGCACAUUCAAUUUCACAUUUGCCCUCAAGCUUCGCUUCUCUGCCAAAUAUUCAUUUUCGGGACAAUCUUUUAACCGCGGACAUUAUCAGCCGACAUAGCAGUCGCCUUAAGAGACCAGUUUAUUUACUAAAUAUUUUUUCAAGGGUGCAUGUGCCUUGUACAUUAGAAGUGUCUCUGUGGACUGAACUUAGUGAACACGAAUUUAUUCAUUGUAAAAGUGUCGCCUAAGAAAUUGCAAACUCCUCCGGCUCAGUACGCGUAAACGUUAUUAGAUAACUAAAAUGUUUGUGGCCAGACCAAAAAGAAUUCAUAGGAACCUGAACAAAACAUUUCGAUUUAUCACUGCGGAGUGAGAAACUCAGAACAAGUUGAGUAUCAUGGACUUUUCAAAAAGAGACCUAAAACUAGAUGAUGAGGUUUUUAUUGAUAGCAUCAGUAAACGCAUUGUAUACAUUUUGUUCCCAUUGGUCAAAUACAGGUGUAUCGGCCGGAUUAUACCAGAUGACACCAAGAGAGCUCGCGUAUGUGAAAAUCACAAAAUGUCACUCGAAUGUCCUGAGAGACGCAAUAUCGACAUCGUAUGGGCAAACUUUGGCCGUCUCAAGGGUGCUCACAUCUGUGGUGACGGUUUCUUUGGAAUAUUUUCCUGGAACCAAGCCUGCCAGCAUCAAGUGGCCUCCAAGGCUAUUGCCAAGCAAUAUUGUCAAGACAAGGAACAU